UGCUUUGGGGAGGGGCCUCUUCCCCACUCUCAGUUCCCCACCUCCAGUCUCCUACCGCCUCCGCAGGCGGUUCCCUCGGCGCCCCUUACGCCGGGCACUCUCUCCCAGGACUUCCGAGCAGACUCCUUUAAAUCUUUCCUCGGACCUUUCGUCCGUACCGCACGAGGCUGCGUUUGAUCGCAUUCAUCCCUUGCCUCUUUCCCCAGUGCCUGGUCUCCCCUAGUGUACUAUCCUGAGCAUAGUGUGUAAUCUGGACAUAAUGAAAGUGAAAAUCAAGAGCUGGCAUGGAGUUGCUUCCUGGCUCUGGGUUGCCAAUGAUGAGAAUUGUGGCAUUUGUCGGAUGGCAUUUAAUGGUUGCUGUCCAGACUGUAAGGUGCCUGGCGAUGACUGUCCUCUGGUAUGGGGUCAGUGCUCACACUGCUUCCACAUGCAUUGCAUUCUCAAGUGGCUUAACUCCCAGCAAGUCCAGCAGCACUGUCCAAUGUGCCGACAGGAGUGGAAAUUCAAGGAGUGACCAUGACAAGCUUUCUUCUCCCCCACCUUUUGAAGUUCAUGGAGUGUCCAUAAAGCUUGUUGCAGAUUCAGCCAUCUGCAAGCUUGAACUUGUUUUUAGAAAAUUGUAUAUAUUGUCAAGUUUUUCCAGACCUACCAAAGGCAAGGCUGAUCAAGGGAAAGGAGGGGGAGCACUGUUACUAUGUUACGUUGUUCCAGCACUUUUGCCCUAUGUGCAGUCCCCCACCACGCUCUUUGUGCCGUUCAGUUACUGGUGUGAUCUCAAGAUCUCUUAUAGUGUGUGAUGUAUGUGGCUGUGUUGGUGAAGGCAAGAGUACUGAGCAAUUGAAUGCCAUCAUUUUUUUAAAUUUGAGCAAGUAAAUGCCAUGUUACAACACUUAGACUCCAUUGUUCUAUUUGUCUGUGAAUUGCCUGAAACAUGAUGGGCUUGAUUGGUGAGAGGUGGCUCUCUCAGCUGCUUUAGAAAAUUAGAUAACUGUUCAAAAAGAAUCAUCCUGUUGAAUGCAUAUACUCAGCUGUUGUAUUCUGAGGCAUGAGACAAAACAUUUUUCUUAUCCCUGUUUCUCAUAUGUGUCCCUUGUGCCUAGAUGGUUUCUUGUUGCUACUUAGCUCUGCCAACAUGGAACCUUUAUACCACUACACUGAACCUGUUUGGUCCACCGUGUAAUCCCACGGAGGCCUACAGAGUUUUGGUUGGGGAUCUAAACCCAUGACUACAAAUAUAGUGCCAGAGAAUGUGGGGGAGGGACACUCAGGCUUUCAUCUUGGCCUAUGAAGUACAAUAAUAUGUUUGUUCCCAAAUGGCUGUAAUACCGGAUUAGUCUUGUUGCCAAGUGCUUACCCACAGUGUAAAUGAGAGCACUUGGAUAUGAAGUGCUUCCAAUAAAGUACUUGAUUCAUUUGU